AUGGGAAUUGAAACUUUGAAUGGAGCGAACUUUUCUUCUUGGAAGGAUUCACUAAUGCUGACUCUUGGCAUGUUGGAUUUUGAUUAUGCACUGAGAGAGCCUGCUCCCCCUGCUCUCACUGAUAAAAGUACUGCUGAAGAUAAAAUAGUACAUGAGAGGUGGGAGAGGUGCAAUAGAAUGGCUCUUAUGCUCAUUAAAAACUCCAUCAGCAUAAUCAUCAGGGGAGCUAUUCCAGAUUCAUCUAAUGCUAACUCGUAUCUGGCCUCCGUGGAGGAACAAUUCAAAGCAACUUCUAAGGCACAUGAUAGUACUCUUAUUUUGAAGAUGGUGACCACGAAAUACGACGGGAAUAGCGGUAUUCGUGAGCGCAUCAUGAUGAUGAACGACAUGGCCCGUAAACUUAAGGGAUUGGACAUGGAGAUCAGUGAGGGUUUCUUGGUGCACUUCAUCAUGACUUCUCUUCCCGCAUCUUUUGAAGCUUUCAAGGUCAACUACAACACCCAGCAGGUCAAGUGGACGAUGAAUGAGUUAAUUGCUAUGUGUGUACAAGAAGAAGAGCGUCUGAAGCUAGACAAACCAGAUGUGGCUUACCUCAUGACUGCUAAUCCAAAGAAGAGAAAGGGAAAUGUCGACAAGAAGGAGUUUUCUAAGGGCCAGAAACGUGAUGCAAGUACUGCUUCCAGCUCUAAGAACUCCAGAGGGAAGUCUUACUGCAAGUUCUGCCGCAAGGAAGGACAUAGACAGAAAGACUGCCAAGGCUUUAAGGAGUGA